AUGCAAUACCAAUUAUUAUCCGUCGCUGCUUUAGUCGCUUCCGUCGCCGCACAAACCACCGAAUACGCUAUUGACACUGUUACCGAGAACCACACCACCGAUGUUACCAUCACUCAAUGUUCUUCUCAUAAGUGUGACACCACCGUGCAACAACAAACCCAAACUACCAUUACCACCACUGUUGACGGUGUUAAGACUGUUUUGACCACCGUUUGCCCAUUGACUGAAUCUGGUGCUGCUGCUCCAACCUCUGCUGCUGGUGAAAACAACGAAGUUGCCCCAGAAUCUGCAUCCGAAUCUGAUUCCUACGUUGAUGUUACCGUUACCCCAACUGUCACCGCCUCUACUGGUGUCGAAGCUACUGUUACUUCUCAAGCUACCUUCACUUCUGUCUACAAUUCUAACGGAACUGCUUCCAGUAGUCUCGAAGCUGCUAACACUGCCGAUGUUUCUGCUUACGAAGGUAAGGCCAACGGUCAACAAGCUAUGGUUGGUUUAGCUGGUUUAGCUGCCUUAGCUGCUGUCUUAUUAUAA